AUGGCAACUGCUAGCACAGAGCAGAUAAACACAGACACUCCCAUCUUGAGGAAGGCAGAUGCUAAAGGUCGGAGUGCACUGUUGGCUGACAUCCAGAAAGGAACUCGCCUGCGCAAAGUAACACAGAUCAAUGACCGUAGCGCCCCUCAAAUUGAGAGCUCAAAAGGAACAAAUAAAGAAGGAGGUGGAGCCACUACACCCCGAGGAGGGAGCACCCCCCCAGCCCUGGGGGACCUUUUUGCUGGGGGUUUCCCUGGGCUGCGACCAACAGGCCAGAGAGAUGUGGCAGGAGGCAAGACCGGCCCAAUGCCUGGCUCCCUCGCGCCUUCUCCGCGGCUCCCCAGCAAAACCCCGGGCACCCCAUCCCACCCCGCCGCUUCCCCCAGGCCGGCUCCGCCUCGGCCCAGCGUGCCCGCGCCCCCGCCACCCCCGCCGCUGCCUGCCCCGACCCCUGCCAAGGCGCCCCAAGUCCCCGCCGCGCCGCCCCCGCCGCCGCCGCUGCCCGGAGACAGAACCCCGAAAACCCCGCUGGCCCCGCUGCCCACACCCCCGCCGCUGCCGCUCCUCCCGCCCUGCGGGUACCCCGGGCCGCCCCCGCCACCCCCGCUGCCCCUCCACGCCCCCUGCGCCCCCAGGUCCUCCAGCCCGGCGCCUCCUGUGUCCCCUAAGUCCCCCAGCUACCCGGCGCCCCCCAACAAGCCCAGCGCGCAGCCCCUGCCCGGGGUUCAGCCACUCCCGCAGAAGAAGCGCCCAGGCCGGGGCCCAGGGACAAGCGGGGGAAAGCUGAACCCUCCCCCAGCACCACCAGCUAGGUCGCCCACAACGGAGCUUUCCAGCAGGAGCCAGCAGGCCUGGCCCCUGAGCCAGCAGGCAGGAGGCCAGCUGAAGAAUGGGAACUUGCACACAGCAGAUGACUUUGAAACUAAAUUCACCUUCCAUUCAGUGGAAGACUUUCCUCCUCCGGAUGAAUAUAAACCAUGCCAGAAGAUUUAUCCCAGCAAGAUACCCAGAAGCCACACACCGGGCCCCUGGCUCCAGGCUGAAGCAACAGGGCCCGGCUCAGAUGAUGCCAGAGGCAGAAAUUCACAGUCAGCUCUGAAGACUCUCCGGUGAGAAGACAGAUGAAGUCAAGUUCCUGGGAGCCAGCUGGGGUCUCCCUCAAGGUGGGACACCCCCAGAAGUAUACCUCCCCUCACUUACCAUCUCCUCAGCUGCCCUACAGGCUCUAAAUGGAGCAUUUAUUUAUUGUAAAUCUGGUGUGCACAGGGGUUGAGCAGUGUUGCAGUCCACUUGGAAAAGAUCCAUGGAUUCAAUAUUUUUAAGUACAUCUUGUCCUUCAUCAGUCAGUCCUGCCCCUCGCAUCCAUUCCAUGACUCCCCCUACUUGGGGGUCAGCCCUUCCUACACUCACUCCAUUUUUGAAGCGCCCUUCAUUUGUAGGGGUCCCACCCAAAAUUAUAGCCCCCUCCCUGGCUUUUUAUUGGCAUGAUGUCACAUUUUAAUCUCACCAACUGCAAAAUACAACCAAACAAUGCCUUACUGACAACA